AUGGCGGCCCUGCCCUCGUCUGGACCUAACAUCGCCUCGUCGCCUUCGCCCGCGUCUGCUGCGUCUGCUGCGUCGUCGCCCGCGCCCCAGCAGCAGCCGACCUACACCACCGCUGGCACUAUAUACAAUCCAAACUCGUCGCAGCCGCUUCAGCCACCUGCACGUCGCGGACGCGCCACCAAGUGGAACGUUGGCAAUAACCAAACGGACCUUUGCCUGUUCCCCAAGGCCGUCCUCGCUGGACUGACCAUGAAGGCGGCCGCCAACGGACGCACUACCGGCAUGCAGCAGUAUGCUCCGCUGCAGCAGAAUUCGGAUCGUGCCGUCAGCCCCCUGAGCAUUUCUGAGCACGGCUCCAUGGGCAUCGCCCUGGUCUCCCAGACUCCGCGCCUGCAUGCUGGCAACCUCUCCACUCAGUCGCACUCGCUUGCACACAAGGAGAACGUCAUCGCCUCUGAGGCAGCCAACGAGAAUUCGGACAACACCACCGACAGCGGCGGACAUGAUUUCGCUGGACAUGUUUCUGAGCAGCAUGGAGACGGGGUCGAUGACGACAACACUGCGCCCCCAGCGCACUUGCUCAGCAUGAGCAUCAAUGGACUGAAGAGCCUGGCAUCGUACCCGAACCCUUGCCAGAAAGAUGCACAGAAGCUUCUCAAGCCCUCUGUUGAUCUGGCUGCGACAAAGGCCUCGACCACUCCUGUCCUGGGGUUCCCUGUCACGGGUAUUCAGAAGGUACCCCCUCAGGACGAGGCGACGGGCAUGCGAGGAGUCCCGGGACUCAACCUGCUGCGUUCUUCGCUUUUUGAUGCCACCGGCAACAUUGGUUCUACCCAGCAAGGGCUGUUUUCACUUCCGACCACUCGAUCCCCUAGCCCGGCAUCGGGUCUCGAGAGGGCAAUGACCCCGCCGUCGUCUAGUUCAGCGUCUAGCACACGCUCUGGCCCGGCUCCCUUGACUGCCGGACCACCAGGCCAGCGGCAGUAUCGCCCAUUUGCCUAUGACUCCAUGGCGAAGGGUUUCCAGUCCGCCUUCGAGACACUGGAGCAGCCACUGGAGUAUGCGGACGGAAAUGGCAAUUCCAACAACGCCAGCAUGGGUACGGAGAUGUUCUCCAACGGCCCCGGAACCAACAUCCCUCGUGCCUACACUCUCCGCGAGAGCUUCAACACGGCGUCGCUGAUUCAGACGCCCCCUCCCUCUGCUGAGCGUCUUGAACAAGACGAGCAAACUGGAACCAAGGAGAAGAGUCUCCUCCUUCAGCUUGUCGAGACGUCGGAGCCUGAUGGCCCACCCGUUCGCAUCAACACGGGUAUGUCUCCGUAUGUUGACGGUCCCGCUUGGGACCAGGACAUCAAUUGCGGUGACUGCUACACGCAAUCCCAGUCGUUCUAUGGAAAUGGCUAUUACUCGUAUGUUCCGGGCAUGUGCAGCCACAGCGCCUCGGUCUGGAACGAUCGAGAGGAGAUUAUCAGGCGCGGCUGGUACGCCGGCUCCCACCUUCUGGGAAAGGGAAUGAACGAGAUUAUUGCGGAGAACAACUAUCGCAGGCGACGCUGCGCCUUUGGCGCAAUUGGAGACGGGCGCCCCAAGCCCUCGGGUAAGAAGAAGGAGUACCCACGCAUCUCGGUCGAGGAGGCGAACCGCAUCACGACGCCCGAGCAUGCGGAGCCGCUGCUGCGCAUGAUGUAUGGUUCUCUACUCCAGGCUGUCGAGGAAGGAAAGCUCAGCACCGAAUUCUACAAGUGGGCGGAAGAACAGGACAGGAAGUAUGAUGGAAAGGUGUGCGUUGGAAAGACCGCCUCGGAUGCCUAUACCGAGGUGGAAGCCGAGUGA